AACAGAAGCUACAGAGCAGAGGCAGAAACUGUAUCUAUUUAUGUUACAGAGUUGGUGUCACCGCCGUCUCAGAGUUGUUAUUGAUUGUUCAAUUUGGUCAAGGGUCAUAAAAUAUACUUUUACUAAGUUACAGCUGAAUACAUAGCCUCUAAGUGCAUAACCACUUUUGGUAGCUUUGAAUACUUGCACCACUCAUCAACAUCACUGUCAGCGCCGCCCCAACCAACCAUAGCUGGCAAAAGCUUCGAAACUGACCCAUACGAGCCUCAACUCACAGUAAGCUAGCUUACUCACGUCUCCGAAUCUUGCUGAGUAGUGGAGAAGCCUGGGGAAAGCUACUGUGCUGUGCCUUGAGCUAGUGUAGCUUCUCGUCGAUCGUAUUGAGCUGACCUCUGGCUGGCCUAAGCCCUAUCAAUUGCAAGAAUCCCGCUUAGAUAGAAGUCAAUAUCAUGCUUUCCUUGCUCCAGUUCGAGGCUAUUACCUAGCUAAGGUAGCUAAGCGGGCAACGCCUGCUUUGCCGCUGACGUUCAUGGCAACGAGGAUUCGAAGGAUCAUCAACAAUACAUCGUAUUAUGUACAAUGUUUCAAAUCAGGAUAAAUCAGGUUUAUCAGAUCUUCCCUUUCUGUCAAAUCAAGAAGCUCGAGAAUACAAGCUCCUGUCUAGAUAUCCAAUGUCCGCCAUAAACGACGCCACGUACCGCCAAUGGCGCUAUACAGCACAGCCUAAACGCCCGUUCUUUCAGCUUCACACCAACAACUCCGCAUCCAAUUUGAUAGCUCGUCUGGUCAUCCAAACCGAGUAAGGUAUAGAAUCCAUCUUGGUAUGCAACGCUAUACGUGUAGUUGGUGCUGAGGUGAGACGGCGACUAUUGAUGUCCGACAGCCGGCCCUGUACAAUAGUAUAUAAGGCUGUUAGGAAGCACGAUAGAAUAUGCAUACACACCAUUAUCGAGAGCCAUCACUUUUCCAGUAACCAAGUAUGACCCAAACUAAGUUCUCAUCGUUGCGCAGCAAGCUGGUUCAGGGACGGCUUCUACUCCCUGGAGACGAAGGAUUCGAGGAGAGCCUCCAACGAUGGAGUCUUACCUGUAUCAAGCCCGCUGCCGCUGUAGCCCAACCCAGAACUGCUGAAGAAGCCAGUGAGGUCGUCCAGUUUGCAACAUCUAAUGGCAUCAAAUUCAAUGUCAAAGGAGGUGGCCAUAGCACCUCGCAAACUUCUUGCGCUCCCUCACCCGAGGGCAUGGUCCUGGACCUCUCUCUUAUGCGUGAUGUCUCGGUGGACACCGAGGCAAACACCGUCUCCUUUGGAGGAGGUUGCUUAUGGAAAGACGUUGACGAGGCACUAUGGCCCAAAGGCCUAGCUACCGUUGGCGGAACUGUCAGCCAUACUGGCGUUGGAGGCCUUAUCCUUCAUGGUGGCUAUGGCGUCCUGUCUGGUAUUCACGGUCUGGCCAUCGACGUCUUGCUUUCCUGUCAAGUCGUUCUAGCCGAUGGGAGCAUCGUGACCGCAUCCUCCACCGAGAACGCAGAUCUCUUUUGGGCUCUCCGAGGCGCCGGCAGCAGCUUUGGCGUGGUUACCCAAUUCACCAGCAAGAUAUUCCCACAAGGUGACAUCUGGGGUGGCAUGGCUUUCCUCCCCCCUUCGGCUCUGCCCGCCGUGAUUAAGUUUCUCAACCACUGGGGAGAGACAAACGACGGCACGCAAAUCUUCCUCACAGGCUACACUUAUGCUCCCCCCGGCCCAGACCCCAAUGCGCCCAGGCCCCUCGUUGUCCUGGUUCAGAUGGCCCAGAUGGGGCCCAAUCCAGAGGAAGAUGGCCAGAAAUAUUUCGCUCCUAUACUAGAGCUCGAGGCAUUGAUGAAGCAAGUUGGACCUAUGCCAUAUCCUAUGAUCAACCAGGGCGCAGAUGAGGUCUUUGCAAAGGGCAGCAGAUACCUGUUUGGUGGCGCCAACUUCACUCUUCCCAUGGAGCUUUCCACCGCCGAAUCAAUCCGUGAUAAAUUCACGGGAUUUGUCGAGGACACACCGGGUACCGAGGGCUCUGUUGUUAUGAUAGAGUGCAUUCCCCAGAAAACCAUCCGGACGAUUCCUGUUGAGUCAACAUCCUUCAACUCACGAGGUAACUACUACAAUGUUGGUAUAAAUUACAAGUGGAUGGAUAAGAGUCUUGAUGCCAAAAUUCGCCAGUUCAAUCGUGGAUUCCAGAAGUCGAUCCGCGAGCUUGGAUACGACGACAAAGCCUUGUCAGAUGGCAUUGGUCAUUAUCUGAACUAUGUGAGCACUGACACCAUCUCGGCUGAAGAAGCAUUUGGUUCAAACUCGAAGCGCUUGAGGGGGUUGAAGAAGCGGUAUGAUCCAAACAAUGUCUUUGACAAGCUGUGGAAACUGGUUGGUGAGGUUGAGGAUAACAACUGGAUUGCCUGAGGGGCGAAAGGUGUAUUAUCUCUUGCUGAAUAAAUCAAUCAAGGAAUCUUACCACAG